AUGUAUCCUUUAGCUUCCAUUUUUCUUUACAGUAUAUUUUCGGUGCUGUGGCUUUGCAUCACAGUCUCUACUCAGCCUUUAAUAUCCCCCAACGUUGUUCGUGGUCUGCCAGAUGAAUUCUUAAACGAGCCAUCCCUUUUCUCCUGCCCUGCCGCGUCCUGGCCGCCGACAAAAGCCGGGACUCCAAACAAGCCUCAGACCCCAUCAAAGGAGCUUCAAUCCAUUCUCUCACAGAUUUCUCCUACGCGAAUUGAAGACUCUAUCCGCAAGCUCGUGUCUUUCGGGACCCGACAUACGCUCUCUACCCAGACAAACGCGACAUACGGCAUUGGAGCAGCGCGAGACUGGAUCGCGGCAGAGUUUAAACGGUACGCGAAUGCCAGCGAUGGCCGGCUCAGCGUUGAUGUUGUGGGCUAUGAGCAGCAGCCGGAUGGGUCCAGAGUGCCAUUUCCCGUACGCAUUAGUGACGUUGUCGCGACGUUGAAGGGGACAGAGGAGCCAGAAAGGAUCUAUCUUAUUUCGGGGCAUUACGACUCCAGAGUUAGCAAUGCGAAUGACUACACGAGUUUUGCACCGGGGGCUAACGAUGAUGCCUCGGGGGUAGCUGUCUCUCUUGAGCUCGCCCGCGUUAUGUCACAGCCACAUCUUCCUCGCCUCAAGGCAACACUUGUUUUCGCAGCCGUGGCUGGUGAAGAACAGGGCUUGUAUGGCGCUAGAUUUCUUGCACAGACAUAUCGAAACAAAUCCGCCAACAUAGAAGGGAUGUUCACUAACGAUAUCAUCGGCUCAUCCACAGCGGACGAUGGCACAACUGACCCUAAUGUUGUCCGACUUUUUGCACAGGGAAUACCACCACUAGGCGUCGAAGAUCAAAGGACACGCGAGGCCCGUCUUAGCAUCGGCGGUGAAAACGACACCCCAGCCCGUCAGCUAGCCCGUUUUGUAAAAGAAACAGCCGAGAACAAUCAUACCAGCAUGCAGGUGUCCGUGGUCUAUCGACUAGACCGAUACCUGCGCGGUGGCGACCACAGGCCCUUCUUAGAAGCUGGAUAUCCUGCAGCACGAUUCACUGAGCCACACGAAAACUUUGCCCACCAACAUCAGGAUGUACGUAUAGAAACCGACCCAAAAACAGGAAAGAAAAAACAAUACGGAGACCUACCUGAAUUCUGCGAUUUUGAGUACAUUGCACGGGUUGGGAAAGUCAACGCAGCCACGCUCUGGAGCUUGGCAAAUUCUCCGGGAAUGCCACGCAACGUGCGCGUGAGUACCACUGAGCUUUCCAAUGAUAGUAAGUUCUAUUGGGACCCGCCAGCAGGUGGGAAUACUGCCGUUGGGGGGUAUGAAAUUGUCUGGCGGAGCACCAUUGCGCCAUUUUGGACACAUGUACGUGAUGUAGGGAUGGUGACAGAAGCGACUGUUGAUCUGAGCAAGGACAAUGUGAUCUUUGGGAUUCGGGCGCGUGGGACAAAUGGGGAGCGAGGCGUUGCAGUUUUACCGUUUCCAAGAUAG